AUGCAGCAAGCUGAUCGCCAACUGGAAAAUUCGCCCUCAUCGCCAGUUCUUGAGCACAAUGUGUUUCACGCUCGACCCAGGACUGGGUCAUACAAUUCGCCAUUGCAGGUGGAUCGUCUUGAUCGGUCCGGAAGCACAAAUGAGGCAGACUAUCUGUCAGUCGCUGCCAUGGGUGAACCUCAGAAGCGAGACGCGUUCAGCCAUGAUCCGUCCUUCAUGACGAUGGUGCAGGAAGUCACGCGACUAUCGACGCUGUCUCAUUUACCCUCACGUUCACAGCAAGAUCAAGCACUGCCAGUCGAGCUUGUGAUCAGCCUGGAUUCGAUCCGCGACAGUCUGCAGCAGACAUGUGGCCAAGGCCUGAAACAAUAUGCUGAGAUUUAUGGGCGAUACCUGGGCAUGCUCCUGCCUCUCAUACCCGCGGACAACUGGCAUUCAGUCCUAGCACUCGCUUCGUGGAUAGAUCGAGGAGCUGCGCAUCUGCCGAUGGACCAGCCGGCGUGUGAGGUGAUGCUCUGUUUUUCGGCUUGCCUCGGUCUGAUAAACAGUCCGGAGUACGACACGGCACGGGAUACCGCGCAGAUGAUGGCGGCAUACUGUGCUAGACAGCUUCCGAUCGCGCUUCACCGCGCUUCAGACCUGGCAGCCGUGAGCUCCCUUUCCCUUGCGUCGCUAUUGUGUCUGUACUUGUUCGACGAAGCAUCGGCUUGGAGCUAUGCCGGUCUGGCUUUAACUAAAGCAAUAUCCGCUGGCUUUCACAGAGCAAAUGAUCAGUCUGAGGUUGCAGACACGACAUCCACGGCUUUCUGGAGUCUUUACACCUUGGAUCGUGCAUUUGCGGUUGUACUUGACCGACCGCUGAGCGUCGAAGAUGGAGACAUGACCAUCCAACUGCCACUCGCUGCUCCACUGACACACAGUGGCCAGGUGGGUGUUGACAUCCGAGCUCUAUCAUCGUGGACGGUUCAUUAUUCACACAUGUUCUCUUCAUGGAAGCGCAAUACGGCUGCUGGCGAUGAUUUGGUCACUCGGCUGGCAACACUCACGUGUUGGUAUGACAGCUGCCGCGAGAUAGAGCUUGUUGGAGGCAGCAUAAGCUCGGAGGAGAACGCCAGCUAUAUCUUGACACAAGCUAUCGAGUCGCAACUUACCUGCCGCGCAUUAGUUCACCUCUUCUACGAAUCUGUCCUUGGACAUGCACAGUCGACUUCACUUUUGCAUUGCACCGAGAAGCUUGAAGCUGAAGUCCCGCAAUUCUUCGCGGCAUACAAGGCGGCUUUGGUUGCACAUGUUCUUGCGCCUACCAUUCUGGAUUUGUGGACCAUCUUCAGUACGACUGUGACCUUCGUCGCUACACGUCAACCGAAAUUACUGGGACAGCUGCCGGACGCUGCGCGGCCUGCAUUCGCAAUCAGCGUCGCCACUAUGAAAGUAGUAUUAGCUUGUGAAGACCUGAUCCGUGUCAUCAGCGUCAGAAAUCGUGCCGUAUAUGGCCUCCAAGAAGUCCUCUGGAGCUUCCUGGAUGCCCUCGAAAAAUCCAGUCAACGCCCUGCUGGUCGGGCACCGUCCACAGACAGACCCAACCACAGCGAAUCCUUCAAUUCAGCCGUGUCUCGAUGUCAGCUGCCGAUACCUCGCCCUCUAAAGCACCUCAUGGAUUUGGCACUAACCGCGGAUUGA